UGGCAACAGCCGAGGGAGGGCAGCAAGGUGGCGAGGUUAGCGGCUGGCGCAGUUGUCACUUGUGAAGGGUCAGUCUAGUGAGUGGUACAUUACGUUGGGAAUACCUACAUCACCAUGGCUUUUAAAUUGACCUUCGUACUCUUACUCCUUGUUGCAGGAUCCAUGGUAUUGGGUGAGGAUGUAAUGGAUGACACUGCAUAUGAAACGGAUGCACCCUCCACUACUGCCCCGACAGAACCUACUGUUACCAAUAAGACCACAACCACCACCACCACCUCUGAUGCCCCUACCACCACACCUGAUGCCCCCCCCACCACCACCCCUGAGGCUCCCACCACCACCCCUGAGGCUCCCACCACCACCUCUGAGGCUCCCCCAACUACACAAUCGCCAAAUGACAAAUACUUUGUCAAAGAUAAUAAUCUUACCUGUAUAAUGAUUGAGGGUCAAAUAUCCUUCACUGUCAACUACACGACGAAUAAUACAACCAAGGUGACAACCGUGCAGGUUCCUAAAAAUGGUCACGUAAAUGGCACUUGCAAAGAUAGUGAUGGGAGCCAGGUGAUCACCAUCAGCUGGGGCAAAGAGGAGAGCAUCUCCAGCACCACAAUGAGAUUUAACAAGACGAAGAAUAACUGGGUUGUUUCAUCUUUCACAGCUUCACUAUACAUGGACAAUGAUACUUUUGCAGAUGCCACAGAUGUUGGCAAGUCAUUGGAUUUGGUUAUCGACUUUGGUUUAAGCCCCAUUGAUGUAGCUGUUAAUUACAGCUUCAGUUGCCACUCGACCUUGUCUACUAAAAAUGUAAAUGGAACCAUUGAAGAGGAGCCUUAUAAACUUCCAUUGUCGUCUUUACUGAAUGGGAUUCAGAUUGAAGCCUUCAACGAAGUUAUAAAUGAACCGGACUUCGGUGCCUCUACCCACUGUGCUGCUGACAAGACAUCUGAUAUUGUCCCAAUUGCUGUUGGAUGUGCUCUUGCUGGUCUAGUUGUUAUCGUGUUGAUUGCCUACUUGGUUGGCCGCCGCCGGCGCUCCGGUGCCUACCAGUCUGUUUAGGCAGAUAAAAAGAUGACUAAGGAAGGUCGUUUAUCCUAAACUGGGUAAUAAUUUUAUUUGACGAGAAAUAUUAAUAGUGGAAGAAUUCCUGUGAUAAUGGGCAAUUGGAUCUAGAGUGAGGAAUACAAAGUGAUAUACUGUACAGUAAUUUGAGCUUCUGGGAGUCUUAAUAUUUGAAUAAGGGAAAGCUUGAAAUUUGAAACUUUAAAGUUAAAUUGUUUUGCUAUUGUACAAUAAAUUUUGAUUUUCCUACGAGCAUUUGGUUAAGCGUCUCAUUCAGGACAUAAGCACAGGUUGUGGUAUAAUACUGUAGAUUAAUGCUAGGGUGAAUUGUAUGCAGAAUUAGAUUAAGGCUGGAAAUCUUAAAUCUUGUAAAUAUUGACUUCAGUUAUUAGUUUUAAAAGUACUGUAGAUCCCAACCUCGAGUGAUAUUUUUAUAUAUACAGUAUAUAUAUAUAUAUUGGUGUCAUUCCAUAUAAAGACUUGCUAACACAUACGUCAUAGUAAAUAGCUUAGAUCUGAUUUUUUUAUAGUAUUAAUUUCCAGUUCACAUUAUCAGCCAUUUUUGAGCUUUUGCCAUUUAGUCUUUGCAUGUUUUCAAAAGGUGGUUUUAGGUAAAAACAAGCGGCUAAUGCAGACUUCUUUUUUAAGACUACGGCAACUUUAAUAUGCCAAAGCUC